AUGGCUGCCGGAACCAGCACCUACUCGCCCCUCGACCUCUCCCUGAGCGAAUCGCUCACUCAUCGUACCGAAGAAACUCAGUCUGAUGAGACUCAGGCCCCGUUGCCCACUCAAGCCGUCACGACGGCCGCUCUCACAGCACAGAAUGCGGCUGCUGCGGCUCUCACACUCCCAUCAUCAUCCUCAUUCCUGCCACGGAAUGCAGCGGAGUUAUCCCGGCCGCCCCUCCAAUUCCCCUUGCCGGCCGUCGAGUUCUCCCUGCGUGAGCUGGCGGCCUGCACACGUGGCUUCGGUCCCGAUGCCAUGCUGGCACUGGACUGGGCGGGCGCCGUGUACCGCGGGUGCUGCCACGUGGGCAAGGGCCACGUGGAAGGGCGGCCCGGCGGUGAAGGUCUGCACUUAGAGGGGCCUGCCAAGGAAGCUCCACGUGCUUCGGCGAAACGUGCCGAAUCUCCAGCCGACCAGUGCUGCUGUGCCACGUGUCAAGAGCUCACCGCCACUGAAUGUGUGACUCUAAGGGGCGGCUGCGCGCGGGUGAAGCGCUGGCGGUACCUGCCUUCCUCAUUGCCUCCUCCCCCGCCAUCCGUGUCAGCAGCUGCCGACGCGACAGGCACCGGAAGCAUGAGCAACGAGCAGGGACCAGCAGCUUCAGAUAGCACGCCGUCUUAUACUCCCGAGGCGGCGCAGAGCUCUGGAGAGGUGCAGAGCGGUGGAGAGGUGGAUUCUUCUGUCUCUGCUGGGAGGGAGAUGAUGGGGCGGCUGGCGGCGACAGCAGCGUCGCACCCGAGCCUGCUGCCGAUCGUCGGCUUCAGCUGCACUGAGGAGCUGCUGCUUGUGUUCCGCUCCCACCCCUCUGCGCGCUCCCUCGAAGCCGCCCUUGCACGAGCCGGGUCCCACUCUGCUCUCUCCUCCUGGUCCGCCCGUCUCUCAGUGGUUCGUCAGAUCGCAGGAGGGCUAUCCCACCUGCAUUCCCACAGCUUCCUGCACGCCUCCCUUCGUCCUGCCAACGUGCUUCUCCUCCCUGCCGGGUCAGCACAACAGCAGCGUUGCAGCCCCCAUCUUCCGAGCCAUCUUUCGGAUCAAGAGCAGCGGUGGUGGCGUCACAUGCUUUGGCGGAAGGCUCGGGCUGAGGCUGCUGCCCAGGUCCGGGUGCAGCUCGCGGAUUACGGCAUGCCGUGCCAGGCUGGGGACGGGCCAGUCCGGUUUGGUCCGGUGAGGUACCACCAAGCGUCAGCGCUGGUGCAAUGGUGUACUGAGCGUAACCCUGCCCGCAGGCCGUCUUGCCUUGAAGUGGAGCAGCUUGUAAAGGGGAUGGAGGGGAUGAGUGUGGUGGGAGAGUUGAGGCGGAGGGAGAUGAAUGGGAGGAGGCUGAGAGGCCGGCAGUGGGCCUUGCUGAAAUAG